CGCAGGGACGCGCCAGCGCACCAACCCCUGGACCCCCGGGUUCGACGACACGAGGUCUCCACCCCAGGACAGGGACCACCCAUCUGGUGUCUUCUCUGAUCCUCAGCCUCACCGGGGCAAGGGACAAGGCCUCUGGGAGAGAGAAGGAAGAGACGCCCUCAGCCUCAGCACUGGGGACAGCGCCUUAACAGAGUCAAGGGUUGUCUUCAGCUACACCACCCUCAUCCACAGAAAGAGACUGAGAACUGCCGCUGAGCCCAGCCUGCCAUCUCCCCUGGCCCUAGCUGGGCAUGGACCAAUAGUUGUGAGCAGCCAAAGCUGAUGCCUGGACCCCAGGGGGGCAUAGGAGCCCCCACCAUGAGCUUGGGCAAGAUGUCUCCUGUAGGAUGGGUGUCCAGUUCCCAUGGAAAGAGGCGACUGACAGCAGACAUGAUCAGCCCCCCGCUUGGGGACUUCCGCCACACCAUGCACGUGGGCCGUGGUGGGGAUGUCUUCGGUGACACUUCCUUCCUCAGCAACCAUGGGGGCCGCUCUGGGAACACCCACCGCUCACCCCGAAGUUUUCUGGCCAGGAAGCUCCAGCAGGUGCGCCGGGUGGGAGUGCCUCCUCGAAGGAUGGCUUCCCCACCUUCAGCAUCACCUGCCCCACCUGCCGUCUCCCCCAUCAUCAAGAAUGCCAUUUCCCUGCCCCAGCUCAACCAGGCCACCUAUGACAGCCUAGUGGUGGGCAAGCUCAGCUUUGACAGCAGUCCUGCGGGCUCCACGGAUGGCCGCUCUGGUUACGGCUUGGAUUCUGGGUUCUGCACCAUCUCGCGCCUGCCACGUGCGGAAAAGCACAGCAACCGAGACCGUGACCGCGACCGCGACCAUGCUCAAGACCGAGAGCAAAAUUCUUUCCCCUCUGAGCCCGAGCUUCGACGCUCUGACUCUCUCUUGUCUUUCCGUUUUGACCUUGACCUAGGCCCCUCACUCCUCAGCGAGAUGCUAGGUGUCAUGAGCCUUUCAGAAACCCCAGCAGCUGAGACCACAGCCCCUUCUGCCAAGCCCCCUGCCUCAGCAGCAACCCCCGCUGCCCCUAUUGCAAAACCCCCAGCCCGUGCCAUAACCACCCCAGACCCUGUAGCAAGCCUGGCAGCUCCAGCAGCAAGCCCCCCAGCCCGUGGACAUUUCCCCAAUGGGGUCACUGCUGUGCUGGGCGCUGUGGCUGAGGUAAAGCCCACUCCUGUGGGAGAGAAUCCCCAGGUGCUUCCCAACAUGGCCUUUGGCAGGCACGGAACCAGCUGGGGUGCCAGCCGGGCCAGCCGCCACUACACCGAGAUGGAUGCUCGGCGGGAGCUGGCAGGGGUGCUACCUCAAGUCCACGGCUCCUGGGAGAGUCUGAAUGAAGAAUGGAAUACACCUCCGGCCAGUCACAGAGCCCCAGUGCCCAGCACGGUGCAGGUCAAUUCCUUUGAAUUUGCGGAUGCUGAGGAAGAUGACGAAGUCAAGGUGUGAGGAACUAGGCAUGGGCUCCAGGUCCUGCCAUCCUGAAGACUCACAGAAAGCAGAGGGGCCGAGCUCACCCACCAUCACCUAACAACUACCCUGCCCACCAGACAUGGACAGUUGCCCAACUGGAGUUAGCCCCACGUCCUUCCUGGUCUGUGGAAGGCAGACAUUGGUAAGGGGGUCCUUACUGCUCUGACCCACCUCCCUCUGCUGCCUCUAGGCCCACAAGCCCUUCAGUCAUACCCUGUGCCAACCCCAUGGCCUCACAGUGUGGGCUUUGUGCCCCAGGAUGCUUCCCGGGUGGGGUGGGGCUGGGAUAGGGACCAUACAGGGCCAUUGUCUCUGUGGGACUGCCUGCUCCUGCUCAUUUGGAGCUGCCCCAGAAGGCCACCACUGUGUCCUCAAUAGCCCUAUUCCAGGCUCCUCUCCAGUUCCCAGAGAAAGGUCAGGUGUAGAGUCUUCUGUGAACCCCAGACCUGCCUCCUGUGCCUGGCCGUAAAAGCUAACUGCCUAAGAAACCAGGGAGGAAGCCCCUGCUGAGGUGCUCUUUCCCCUCCUGGGAGUUUGGAAAGUUGAGGACCCCCUUUCAGGCCCCCCAGCUGGGGGGGGGGGGCCAGACAAGGUAAUGAGUAACCAGCCUGGAAUGCACAGACGAUAAGAGGCCCAGGUGGGACCCUUAUCUGCAGUUCCUGGAACACCCUGGCCCCAGGUGCCUGGAACCAGUAUCUGCCCCAUAAUCCCACGGGACAGCUUGGCAGGUGCUCAGGUCACCAGGAGGAAGGCAAGUUUAUGUGCACAGGGUGGCUUGGGAGCACCUCCCAUCCUCUUCCCUUGGCAGCGCUACACCCUGUGCCUCAGUUUCCAACCCUGUAUCGAAGCUGGGGGAGCAUUAACACGCAUGGGAAGUGCUAACAUUUCUCACUGUGGAAAUAAUAAAUGUGGAUUCUUUUA